GGCGAAGUGAUGUCGGGCCGCGGGAAGCAGGGCGGGAAGGCGCGCGCCAAGGCCAAGUCGCGCUCGUCGCGGGCCGGGCUGCAGUUCCCCGUGGGCCGCGUGCACCGGCUGCUGCGCAAGGGCAACUACGCGGAGCGGGUGGGCGCCGGCGCCCCGGUGUACCUGGCGGCCGUGCUGGAGUACCUGACGGCCGAGAUCCUGGAGCUGGCGGGCAACGCGGCCCGCGACAACAAGAAGACGCGCAUCAUCCCCCGCCACCUGCAGCUGGCCAUCCGCAACGACGAGGAGCUCAACAAGCUGCUGGGCAAGGUGACCAUCGCGCAGGGCGGGGUGCUGCCCAACAUCCAGGCCGUGCUGCUGCCCAAGAAGACCGACAGCCACAAGGCCAAGGCCAAGUGAAGCGCUAAAAGCAAACAACCCAAAGGCUCUUUUCAGAGCCACCCA